UCUUGCUCUUGCUCUUGCUCUCUCUCUCUACAAUGGCAUUCAUAUCUUUCACCUUCGUUCUCUCUCUAAUUUUGGUGGUGACCCUUUCGAGUGCUCAACUCCGAGUGAAUUUCUAUUCAAGGACCUGCCCUACUGCAGAAUUUAUCGUCCUCAAUGCCGUCGUGACUGCAGUUCGCAGCGAUCCGACCAUGGCAGCGGCUCUCUUGAGAAUUCAUUACCACGAUUGCUUUGUUCAGGGUUGUGACGGUUCGAUACUAAUCGCAAAAACAGGAUCAGAAAGGGAUUCACCAAGCCACGCUGGUUUGCGAGGGUUCGAAGUGAUAGAGAAUGCAAAGACCACCCUCGAGGCUAUGUGCCCAGGCGUGGUCUCCUGUUCUGACAUUGUGGCUUUGGCUGCUAGAGAUUCUAUUGUUGUGAGCAAUGGCCCCAACUACCAAGUUCCAACAGGUCGAAGGGACGGAAGGGUAUCAGCGAAGGCAGAUGCCAGCAACAUGCCGGAUGCCGCCGAUCCGAUCCAAGUAUUGAAAAAGAAGUUUUCCGAGAAGGGGCUAUCAGUCACUGACUUGGUGUUGCUUAGUGCUGCACAUACCAUUGGCACCACUGCAUGUUUCUUCUUGGAGAAUCGCCUGUACAAUUUCCCUCCAAGGGGUGGUGCUGACCCCUCCAUUAACCCUAGGUUCCUACCCGAGCUCCAGGGAAUAUGCCCUAAAAAUGGUGACGUUAACGUUCGAUUGGGCCUCGACAGAGGUAGCCAAUUCGCUUUUGACAAGAACUUCUUAGAUAAUGUGAGGCAAGGAUUUGCAGUUCUACAGACUGAUGCAGAGCUCUACCAGGAUGUAUCCACUAAGGCCAUAGUGGACUCAUACUUCGGCUUUCUCAGCGGUCUCCUAGGCCCAAAUUUCAACGGAGACUUCGUAAAAUCAAUGGUGAAAAUGGGUCAGAUUGGCGUGAAGACGGGGACGGACGGUGUGAUUAGGAAAAACUGCUCGGUUCUAGACUAAAUGCUCGAUUUAGUUUUUCUUUAUUAUUUUCUUUUAAUUUAUUUUGUCGAAUGUUAGAACAUGACAUGUCUGGAUGUGAUUACAGGCAGUGAAGAUGAAAGAUGGAUGUUGCCUUCA